AUGAGGAUGGACACGAGCCCGCUCCGGGUAGAAAAGAACGGAGGCGAGAUUCGUGGAGAUUCUUCGUACCUUCCCUCGCGCAACAUGGGUCCGUCUUCCGCAACAGAGCACCCGGACGAGACGCAGCCGCUGCUCGCAAAGACGGCAGGCGACGCGAGCCCGUCAUCGUCGUCAACGACGAGCACGACGGUCUGUGGCCUCUCGCCAACAUUGUCCGCCACCGCGCUGCCCGAUCCGGCAAUUCGGCCCCACGCGUUCGGCGGCCUCAUCUCAUCCAUCCUCGUCGACUCUGUCCCGAUCAUUUUGUCGUAUGUCCUCCAAAACUCCAUCCAAACUACCGCCGUCCUCGUCGCUGGCCGCCUCGGCCCAGACGAGCUCUCUGCCGCGGCAUUCGCGCUAAUGCUCGCCAUGGUCGGUUGGUGCGUUGCGCUCGGCGGGACUACCGCACUCGACACGCUGGGCUCGCAGGCGUUCACUGGGGGCGACCGCCCGUCGGUCUCGAUCCAUCUGCAGCGUUGUCUGGUCCUGCUAUGGCUACUUUUCGUCCCCGUCGCCUUUCUCUGGGCCUUCAUCGAGCCCGUGCUGCUCGCGCUUGGGCAGGAGCCACGUCUGAGCUACGACGUACAGCGUUUCCUGCGCGUUCUCAUUGUCGGCGCGCCGGGGUACAUCGGGUUUGAGAGCGUCAAGAAAUAUCUGCAGUGCCAAGGGAUCAUGCGGGCGUCAACAUAUGUCCUGCUGAUGGUCGCCCCCGUCAACCUGGCGCUGAAUGUCUUCUUUGUGCACUACACGCCUCUCGGACUGCUCGGAUCAGCUACUGCCAUCUCGAUUACUUACUGGCUCUGCUUCUCCCUCCUCGUGCUCGUUGCCUAUCACUCGCCCACUCACCGCAGCAACAAAACAUGGGCCGGUGUCCAUCUUGCUACCGUAUUCGACCUCCGAAGCUGUAUUGAUUUCCUCAAGCUCGCUAUCCCCGGUAUUUUAAUGGUGGGGACAGAAUGGGCCGCCUUCGAGAUCGUGGCUUUGGCUGCCGGAAGACUAGGACCCUUACCGCUUGCCGCGCAGUCCGUCAUUAUGACCACUGAUCAAAUCCUCAAUACAAUUCCCUUUGGUAUUGGCGUCGCUGCAUCCACUCGUGUGGGCAAUUUAAUUGGCGCGCGUAAAGCCGCGGCCGCAAGGCAGGCCAGCCAUGCGUCCGCCUUCCUAAGCGUGAUAGUGGGGUCCAUCGUCAUGACCGUCAUGCUCGUCACCAAGGAUGUCUUCGGUUAUCUCUUUAGCGACGACAGAUCAGUCGUCGACCUCGUAAGCAAAGUCAUGCCGUUUGUGGCUUCCUUCCAGAUCGCGGACGCGGUUGCUGGCUCUUGCGGCGGCGUUCUCCGUGGCCAAGGGCGUCAACACCUUGGCGCCAUCUUCAACCUCGUAGCGUACUACGUGCUUGCACUGCCACUAGGAAUUACGGUUGCUUUCCACCCUCGUACACAUCUCGGCCUGCAAGGCUUGUGGCUAGGACAAGUUGUGGCAUUAUUUAUUGUCAGUCUGGGAGAAUAUAGUGUAGUAUGGCUAGGUACCGACUGGGACAUGGAAGUCCAGCGAGGUAUCGAGCGUAAUCAAGAAGAAGCCAAACGGCGACGGAUUCACGAAGGCCUGCAGUAA